UCCAAAAUGUCUUCCACCAUGUCAAGUUCUUCAAGAGAUUUAGAUCCCUUUGCGCGCCAUCGUAGCCAGUAUAAAUUCACGACGCCACCUUGGAAGGAUACUUAUAAAAAGCGGUGUAUGGAAAGACUUCGCAAUGGAAGACAGAGGUUUGUGGAAAGAUUCCGACAGAUGGACGUCAGCACUAGUGACCCAGUGAACAUAAGCUCUGAAGUAGAAAGAGUUAUGAAUGAAGAAUGGUCUCAAAUUGCUGGGGAAAACAGUAAUUUACCAUCAUGGAAGCCAACUAAAGAAUCGUGUCAACCUUUUCCAGGGAUGAAAUUAGAUGCAGAAAAAGAAUCAGAUUUAAAUGAAAUAAUAAGUAUGAUGGAGGAAAUACAAAAAGAAUUGGUUGAAGAAGAGAAAAUGAUUUUAAGAGAGUAUAAUGAAAACUUGAGAUUUGAAGAAGAAUCAUUAUGUGCAGCCAUUGAUAAACUAUCAACAGAUGAUGUGUUAUGCCCUGUAUGUAAGAGAAACCCUUUACAUCAAAACAAACAAGUGAUAUUUUGUCAAUGUGGGAUGCGGAUUGAUACAGAGUAUGAUGCGCUUGACCUUUCGUAUGUCAAAAGUCAGAUUGAAGAGUCCAUCUCUACUCACAGGGAUGAAGGUUGUUCUACCGAACCAGAGUUUGUCGUGUCUGAUGCUAUAGGACUUGGAGCUAGUAAUUUGAUAACACAAUGCAAGACCUGUGGAUUUUUGUACAUCAUCAUCUGAAGCAUCUCAAGGACCAUUCAAAGACUUUAAGCAUAUUUUUGAAAUAGGUGGGGGAGGGGAGGGAUGGGAAAYGCUAUCCUACAGUAAAUACCAAGAUUAAGAUUUUGCAUAGGAUAUGAUAUUUGCAUGAUAGCAUAAUAUCUGCACCACUACCAGAAUCCUUUUAAAGAGCAUUUUAUUCAAUAGCAUAUGAGCUGGCCUUUUUUGAUUGAUAUAAAUGUGGCGCAUUUUGGUCUAAGGCGUGACAGACAUUGAGUUUAUGUACAAAAGCUAGACCAGAUUGUUUGAUGAACAGGAUUUCAUAAAAGGUUUAUUUAUUGACUUACAUGAGGAAAUAAAACCUCAAAUAAGAAUGACAAGUUGCUAAGCAUUCUGGUAGUGGUAGUCCAACCACAGAACUGACUUUUGAUUGGCCGUUCAUGAUAGGAGGAACACACAUUAGCUAAUUGGAAAGAGUUUUUCAAAUUUUAUAGUAAACACAGCAUAAAUGAUUUGAAUGUUUAUUCACAUUUGUAAAUAAUAGUUCUAGUUAUUAAUAAUUAGUUAUAGUUAUCCAUUAUGUAUCAAAAUGUAUUUAAUUGAUAUUAAAUUGUUCAAGUAUUUA